GCACUGAGACACCCCCCCAAACCCCCCCUCUCUGUUCCCCCCUUCCCCAGGCACUGCAACAUGGUGCUGGAGAACGUGAAGGAGAUGUGGACCGAGGUGCCCAAGAGCGGGAAGGGCAAGAAGAAGUCCAAGCCCGUGAACAAGGACCGCUACAUCUCCAAGAUGUUCCUGCGCGGGGACUCCGUCAUCGUCGUCCUGCGCAACCCCCUCAUCGCCGGGAAGUAGGAAACCCACCCCAGGAGCCCCCCCGGGAUCCUCCGGGACCUUCUUGGCUCCUUCAAGACCCUCCUGGAUCCUUCCAGACCCUCCUGGAUCCCCCUCGACCAUCUCAGGUCCCUCAAGACCCUCCUGGAUCCCCCUCGACCAUUUCAGAUCCUCCAGGACCCUCCUGGAUCCCUCAAGAUCCUCCUGGAUCCCCCCUUGACCCUCUCAGAUCCCUCAAGACCCUCCUGGAUCCCCUUCAACCAUCUCAGAUCCCCCCGGACCCUCCUGAAUUCCCCAGGACCCUCUUGGGUCCCUCAAGACCCUCCUGGAUCCCCCUCAACCAUUUCAGAUCCCCCAGGACCCUCCUGAAUUCCCCAGGACCCUCUCGGGUCCCUCAAGACCCUCCUGGAUCCUUCAAAGCCCUCUCAGAUCAUUCAAGACCCUCCUGAAUCCCUCAAAACCCUCCUGGGUCCUCCACAACCCUCUCAGAUCCUCCAGGACCCUCCUGGAUCCCUCUCAACCCUCCCAGAUCCCCCUGGAUCUUCUCCAACCCCUUAAGACCCUCCAGGACCCUCCUGGAUUCCCCCACGACCCUCCUGGAUCCCUCAGGACCCUCAUCAAUUAUCCAGGACCCUCCUGGAUCCCCCCACCAGGUCCCCUGGGGG